GCUCUUGUACAGGAAGUGACGGCCCGCCGCGCCCCUCCCGCCGCGGCCGUUGUUCGCAGCCGGCUCUGCGCUCGGCCCCGCGGCUGAGGCCGCUCCGCCAUGUCCCGCCGCCCGCCGGGGGCCUCGCGGAGCCGAGAGGAGCGGUCGGGCAGCGCACAGCAGUUCAUUGCAGGCUGUAUGUACCGAGUAGUUCAGACGACGGGACCAGAUGGAAAAAACCUUCUGAAAUUACUCCCAAUUUCUAAACCUUCUGGAAACUUUGUGCCAGUAGUUCAGUCUUCAGCCAUGUCAAAUAAUCCUAACGUGAAUGUUUCUAGUCCAGUCCAUCUUGCUUUUAAGACACAGCUUGCCAGUACUGCUGCAUCUUCAUCUGUUAAGAUACCUGUUUUUCAGUCUCCUAAUUCUGGAAAGAUUAUCCUUGCAAGGACGUUAGACAAACAGGGAGGUGUUAGAGCAGGUUCUGAUAAAGAAAGCGUAACGACAGAAUCAGCUGCUGACGUUCAGAGUAGUUGUGUUUCGGUUGAUAGACGGUCUUUGCAGAACGCUGCCGUAACGAGUUCAUCUGAGCAGAGUCACACUGCACACAUGUUGGGAAACACCAAAGAUAAUCCCAUUUCUGUGAAGCCUCCAGUUCUGCCCUCUGGCCACCACCUCCAGAUACCAGCGGAUGCAGAAGUGAAAUCUGUCCCAGCUUCUUUUUUACCGGCUUCAAUCCAGCAAAAAAUACUUGCCGCUGCAGCAACAAAUGUGUCUGAUGGAGCUGAUAGUAAAAAAAUGCCAAUGGUGAUUUAUGUGUCACCUGUGAACGCAGUGAAAACAGUACUUCCCAAGCGUUUGCAAGCUGACAACCCCAAACCUGCCCCAGAUGUUUCAAAAACGUUGCUAAUGGCAGCACCACAAAAGGCACACAGCUCUUCUCCUGAGACAGGAACGUCUGAUGGUCAGCAGUGCCAGCACGCACCAAUGAAAUGGAUUGUGCGAGAAAGUCCGCAGUUGCCAGCGCCCUGCCUUAUUCCUGUAAAGUCAUCAAAUAACGUGGCUUCUAAGAUCUUGAAAACUUUGUCAGAUAUGAAGAAUGUAGAAGUGAACUCUGCAAAUAUUUUGUCACGCUUUUCUACUGGUUCUGGUGUAAGCAAAACAAAAAUCACGUCCAUUAAGGAUAAUGCUCUGGUCAUGUGCAAUGGGAAAGUCUAUUUAUUGACCAGGAGAGGUUCUGAUGUUCUGUCGGCCCAAGCUGACGUGCAGGCAUCUUCCUCUUAUGGUGCUUCACUUAAAAAGGGAACAUCCAAGCUAAUUGAUUCUACUGAAGUCACUAAAAUAAGCAAUAAAGUGGUGAAUCUGGUAUUAUCCAAAAACAAAGGAGUGCCGUUACCUCAGAAAGAUCCUAAAGUAGCUUCUUCACCUGGAAGUUUAAGAAAUGACUUAAAAUCUGCAUCUGCAGCUCUGGUGAUACCAAGUGUUGAGGAGCAGAGUUCCACUGUAAACCAGGGAAAGAGUUUGCCCUUCAUGGAGAGCAUCUCAAGUGGAACGACCCCAAUUACGGCGUUAGGGAUGCAGGAAAAUACGUGCCAAGAUGGCAAGGAAAUGAUUCAUUCCCCCAAAGCAGCAAGUGCUGUUUUACCUCAGUGUGAACAUGAGUGUGCUUUCAGUGAAGACUGGCAAAAGGUCCAGCGUAAAAAGAUGUGUUCACUAGGAAAAGUUAAUCAAAACAAAGACCAAGAGAAGCCACAUUGGAAACAGUAUUUGCAAUUAAGGACAAAAUUUGGUCUCUAUAAGGAGGAGAGAGUCUACCUUAAGAGAAUACCACUAACAACCUCCUGUGAGAAACCAGAUGAGAGGGUGAGCUCCAGUAACAGCUUGGAAAAGAAAAAUGAUUCUUGCACUUCCUCCUCAUUAGAUGUGACAAUAACAGACCGACAUCAGGAAUGUAUUAAAGAGGAAAAGGUUAUUUUGGAUCUAGAAGAGGGUUUAUCUAAGAAAAGAAAAACAAAAUCUUCACUGCCAGACAGUGGAAAGAGAAGGAAAGCAUCAGUCAAGUCAGCCACGAGUUCAAGUUCAGAAUACAGUGGCCGAAGUUCUAUCACACUAAACAGAAGUGUUUCUCCUCCACCUGCCUUAUUGCAGCGAAGCAUCUCCACAGACUUUGUAUCCUCAACAGACGCUGAGCGAGAGCCGUGCUCCCAAAACAGCGAUGUUACAGACUCAGAUAUUCCAGUGUUAGUGUCCUGUGAAGACCAUGCUUCACUUUUUGAAGGCUCUUUCAGAGAUGAUGCUUUCCCUUUGACUCCCCCAGACCUGGAUGAAACGAUCCGGGACGAGAAGAUAAAACGACUCAAGCAGCUCUUGAGAGAGCGGGAAGCAGCACUUGAGGAAAUGCGUAAAAAAAAUGCAGCAAAUCUGAAAUACUGAAGGUGGUGGUGGUCUGAACCGUAUUCAUCUUCAUCUCAGUGACGUGAAGAAGAAAUUUUGCGUUCGAAUGAAGGUGAAUAUUUCUGGAAAACGGAGGACCUUGAGGAAAUUUAUAAUGUGUAUUUAUAAAAAUAAUUUUCCUACUAAAGACUAGAAAUAAAAGACUUGGACCACCAGAUUGUGCUUCUGGGACAUGUAUGCGUAUCAGAAUACAGAAGAGAGUGUUUUUACUAUUUUUAGCAUAUCCUCUGUAUUUUGCAUUAAAGGGGUUUCUCUACUAGUCUUAGAAAAUAAACUUCCCCAAUUUGGAAAUUUGUAGCCCAUCUGUUAGAGACAGAGUGCAAAUAGCACCCUCCCCCCUUGUAAAUGUAUAUUUUUUUGUUUUCUUAAUAUUUUAUACUGCAUGACAGCUUUUGUGAAUUACUAGGAACUGUCACUUGUCAUAAAAGGUCCAUGGUCAGUGUUUAAUAAAUGCUAUUUAAGAGGUUUGGGGAUUAGUUUUCAGGCAGUAAUGAUGCUGAUAUCCAGGGGAACCAGUACUAGCAGCUGCUGAAGUGUACCAGCAAAGUUAUUUCGGUACGUGUUUCCUGCAGUUAUUGUUGUAAGCCUUUAUAAGGCCUUUGACAGAUGUGCAAUGUUGAAGUUUGGUUGUAGGAUUAUUUGGUUGUUGGGUAGGGUGGGUUGUUUGUUUUACUUUAAUGAGUUAAACUGAAUCAUUCCUUAUUUAAGCAAAAAAGAUACAUUUCUUUGUCUGUGAGUGGUAUCUUUAAGAAUUCCUGAUGAAUGUCUCUUCCGUUAACUCGUUCAGUCUUUAUUUGAAUGUCUCCUUCGUUUGAUGCUGCCUACGUUUUGCAUUGUAGAAGAGAAAGAGCACCGAAGCUGUCUUUGCCAUCAUGAUUUUUAUAGCUCUUCAGAGUGUUUCCCCAGCAUGCAAUGUCAUGUGGUAUGGAGGCCUUCUGCUCCUCUCUGUUGUCCAUGUCACAGGAUGAGCUAGGUUGGAAGAGACUUUCAAGGUGAUCACGUCCAACCAUCAGCUGACCAGGUCCCAUCGCUGACCCAUGUCCCUUUGUGCCACAUUAAAUGUUGUCACAUCACUGAAUUUUUAAGGACUUCAUGCAGUUCUUUGAAGUCUUUAUUGCUGCUGCCAUGAAUGCACUGCUAACAGAACUUAGCGUUGCUUUUUCUUAUCUAGUUACGGCUUUAUUCAACAUCACAGAUCCCUGUGGAACUUGCUCUGUAAGAGAGAGCAAGUGAAUUACACAUACUUUCUUGGUAAAUAUGCAAAGCACAGAGGCUAAUUUAUGGGAGGUGGGAUUUUUGAUCAGUGAAUGACACCAAUGAGGAAAACAUUUGUCUCAUCUUGUUCCUGAAAGUAUGGAAGCAGCGUAAGUUUGGUUAAGCCUGUCUUGAAGUGUUUUGUGGGAAAAGUGGGACUAUUCACUGCGUAUUGGGUGCGGCGGGUUGACAUAAGCCAGCACAGUUGCUUGCUCAUUUACCUUCCCCAUUGCGUGAGGAGAAUGCAGAAGGCAAGAAGAUUUGUGGAUUGAGAUAAAUGCAGUUUAAUAGGUGAGGUGAACGUUGUGCAUGCAGGCGAAGCAAAAUAAAGAAUUCAGUGUGUGCCAUCAGCGGGCUGAUGCUUGACCUCUUGGUUGAAGCGAGACCAGCAUACAUAAUGGUUGCUUGGAAAGGUGCACACAGAAUCAACAAACACCCAUGAAGUUACGUGGCAUGGAGCAUCGCUUUGGUAAUUUGGGGUCUGCUGUCCUGGUUCUGUUCGCUUCUACGUUUCUGCUGGAGGGUAGAGUGGAAAACAGAGAGAACCUGGAUGCUGUGCAGGUACUGUUCAGCAACAGCCACAGUGCUGGUGUGUUACCAGCACUGUCAUGAACCCAGAAUGCUGCACUGUGCAGACUGCUGUGAAGAAAGCUGUGUCCAUCCUAGCCAGCACACUGGGACAGCAAUCAGGAAAGAGAAGCAGCCUCUUGCCUUGUGUCUGGUGCUGUGCUCACUGGUUGCGAUGCUGUUCCAACAGAUGUCUUCUAUCUAUCCUGUCAUCUGUCUUAACAUCUUUACAUUCUGAUGAUGUGCAGCGAAACAGAUCAAGCUCUGUUCAUUUAUCCUCUUAAAUCCUUCAGGAUUUAUCACAUAUCACCUUUCUUUCGCAACCUCUUUUCCUCUAACAAACUGCUUGCUUACUCCUCUGUUUUCUGUAGAGAUUAUGACAAAAUAGUGAAAAUUCAGAGAAGAAUCCUUGCUGCAAGGUUUUGAAGAAACGUGAUCAGUCAGAUUUGUUAGAAGAAAGUGAAGAAGUUGGUUCCCUGUGAUUGAGUAAUGGAAAAUGGGCAAUUCAGGAAGUCGAAGCCAAGCCAUCUGUGCAAGAGCAGGCAUCUCUCUUGGAGAGCUCUAUUGGAAGCUGAGAGGAUCUCUGAGAGCGAAGACAAACCUCUUGGUGUGCCGAUAUGGGAAAGUUGUAGCAGCAAAGUGACUUAACAGCCCAGGACCUUGCAGGUCGUUGGAACUGCUCCUCAUGCAGCCAUGUUGUCUGUAGCACAGAUUGGGUUUUUCUGCACUGUUCGUCCCUUGAAGUCUAUGAUCUACUGAGCAUUUAUUUGUGAAGUGGAAGCUAGGAUCUUAGCACUGAUAGUGCCAUGCCCUGAGGAACCAGAUCCAUACCUGACCACCAUCUGGUGAAGAACCUUUUUGUGAUGUCCAAGCUGAACCUCCGUGCCAUUCCUUGGGUCCUAUCAGUGGUCACCAGAAGGCAUCGUGCUUGAUGUGUUUACACAAAACUCACUUUCAAGCAAGCGUUCAUGAAGAGACGGUGGGAGUCUUCUAGGAAUUGGUGGGCUGAAAGAACAAAGGUGGCACUGAGCACUGGACACAGCAGGUUGGGAGGCAAAGGCAGCACUGGGCCAGCUGACAUCAACCUAACGUGGUGGUCAGAGUGUGUGGACACAAGAACUAUCCCUGCACAAAGGUGUUACUGCUCCAUUUGAGGUCAGUCCACCAAGGCACCAGCACUUCUGUAUGAGAACACACAGCUGUCAGAGUUGCUUAGCGUGAGAGGCUGCCUGGAAACUGUGCCAGCAGCCAGCUGCUGCAGACUGCUUUCAUCAGGUGAUGAAAAGUGCACGUGAAAAUGUGCACAUUCACCUUUCAAGCUGUUUUGGAUCACAUGGAAGUGACCCUGGGUUCCCUGCAACAUGUGGGCAAGCGGCUGAUUUCCGAUGGCAAGGUUGGCAGCGGGAGAUGAUGCGGAGAAAGAAUUUGCAGAGCCUUCAGCUUCCUGCACAGGUGGACGUGGCAGGAAUAGAGCAGAUGGCGCAGUUUGAAGAGCACUGCUGGCAGGUGGAAGGGGAAAAGAUGCUGCUCCAGAAACAAGGCACAAAAGUGCAAGAAGUUACUGCUGGAACAUGUGAAAGUCCACCCGGCUCAUUACCACAGGGACCGAUGUGGGGAAGGAAGUCAGAGUGGAGACUGUGGACGCUUAGAAAAGCACACAGCACAUCAAGAUCACAUGCAGGACUCCACUGGUACUUGUAAUCUUCCAGCUACCACAGUUCCUGAUGUUUAAUGCGUUUUGGUUUUUUUUUUGCCCAUCUGGCAGCAGAGGCCAGCUCCAAUGGGAGAGCUGG